AUGCAAUUUCUCCUUCCAUUCGUACCUCUGCUGGCUUCUUCCGCAGCGGCAGCUGCAAUCUCCAGCGCAGCUAGUCCAGCUGUCACUGCUGCAGCUUCUGGAAAUCCCUUCUCAGGGUACCAGCCUUAUGUCAAUUCGUAUUAUGCAUCCGAAGUCUCAGCCUCAGCCUUGCCAUCCAUGACGGGGGCUGCCAAAGACGGCGCAAGUGUAGCCGCUCAAGUUCCGUCCUUUUUCUGGCUGGAUACUGCAGACAAGGUACCAACAAUGGGCGAGUUCUUGGCCGACAUCAGGGCCAAAAACAACGCCGGUGCUAGCCCACCGAUUGCUGGCCAGUUCGUUGUUUAUGACCUGCCUGAUCGCGACUGCGCAGCAUUGGCCAGCAACGGAGAGUACUCUAUUGCGAACGGUGGUGUUGCGAAUUACAAGGCUUAUAUUGACUCUAUCCGCAAUGUGUUGGUCGAAUACUCUGAUAUCCAGACUAUCCUUGUCGUUGAACCUGAUAGUCUGGCUAAUUUGGUUACCAACAUGGCUGUGUCGAAGUGUGCCAACGCACAUGACGCUUACUUGGAGUGCACCAAUUAUGCCGUCACUCAAUUGAACUUGGCCAAUGUUGCCAUGUAUCUUGACGCCGGACACGCGGGAUGGCUUGGCUGGCCUGCUAAUCUGAGCCCAGCAGCUGAGCUCUUCGCCAACGUCUACAACACUGCCAAUAAACCUGCAGCUCUGCGCGGACUUGCCACCAACGUUGCCAAUUACAACGCCUGGUCUCUCUCUACAUGCCCAUCAUACACCUCUGGCGAUGCCAACUGCGAUGAAAAGAAAUACGUCAAUGCCCUUGCUCCCCUGCUUAAGAAUGGAGGUUGGGACGCCCACUUCAUCACUGACACCGGCCGCAAUGGAGUCCAGCCCACCCAGCAAAAUGCAUGGGGUGAUUGGUGCAAUGUCAAGGGAACCGGAUUCGGUGUUCGACCAACCACGGAGACAGGUGAUGCCUUGACCGAUGCCUUUGUUUGGGUGAAGCCCGGUGGUGAGAGCGAUGGUACUUCGGAUUCCAGCUCGGCUCGCUAUGAUGCCCACUGUGGGUAUAGCGAUGCUCUUCAGCCUGCUCCUGAAGCUGGCACGUGGUUCCAGGCAUACUUCGCCCAGCUUGUAGAGAAUGCUAACCCGUCUCUUUAA